CGCCGCUCUGCCUCGGAGGGCUGCAAUGGGAAGGCUGAGAGCUGGCAGCAGGAGGACCGGCGAGCCGUGCCAUGACAGUGAGCCGCCGCUGUCCACUGACAGCUCGGAGCCCCGUCCACACUGCGAGAUGCUGCCCUGGAAGAAGAACAAGUUCGAUCUGAUCGAGGAGGACUGCAAGCAGAGCAAGCAGAAAGGCUAUGCAGUGAGCCUCAACUACAGCGCCCUCACCUCCUUCGCCAAGUCCUGCCCGGAGGGGGCACUCACCAGGGUGGGCAGCAUGUUCAAGUCCAAGAGGAAGAAGAUCAAGAUCACCGGGGAGGACCCUACCUACACCGUGCUGUACCUGGGCAAUGCCACCACCCUGCAGUCCAAGGGAGAAGGCUGCACCGACCUGGCCGUGUGCAAGAUCUGGAGCAAGAGCGAGAUGGGCAAGCACGGCACCAAGAUGAAGCUGACGGUCAGCUCUCAGGGCAUCCGCAUGGUGCAUGUGGAGGACAAGGCCAAGCGGCCCGGGCACCUGUACCUGCUGCACCGGGUCACCUACUGCGUGGCGGACCCGCGGCUGCCCAAGAUCUUCGCCUGGAUCUACCGGCACGAGAUGAAGCACAAGGCGGUGAUGCUGCGCUGCCACGCCGUGCUGGUGUCCAAGCCGGAGAAAGCCAAAGCCAUGGCACUGCUGCUGUACCAGACCUCUGCCAACGCCCUGGCAGAGUUCAAGAGACUGAAGCGGAGGGAGGACGCCCGGCACCAGCAGCAGCAGCUGAUCGGGGAGCAGAACAUCCCCCUCGUCCCUCUCCGAAAGCUGCUGAACGGCCAGUGCUGCUACAAGCCCCCGGUGGAGCGGAGCCGCAGCGCCCCCAAGCUGGGCUCCAUCACCGAGGACCUGCGGGGCGAGGAGGAAGAGGAGCGGGCCAUGAGCUUCGAGUGCGAGGACGUGCUGGAUACCGGGGGAGGGGGCGGCGGGCGCGACGCCAAGCACGAGCUGUCCCAGCUCAUCAGUGACCUGGGGGAGAUGAGCCUGGGCAACGACCUGCAGACGCUGCGGGCGGACCUGAGGGUGACCCGGCUGCUGUCCGGGGAGAGCACGGGCAGCGAGUCCUCCAUAGAGAGCAACCACGACAGCGGGGGGCCCGUCAGCAAUGGCUUCGAGGAGUGCAGAGAGCCGGAGACGGUGUGA